AUGAGUGCGAGCCAAAAACCUUCUCGAAACCGGGUGACGGAGUCCAUCGAUCUAGCCUCUAACCGUCCUACUUCGACAACGACGAAGACGACCAAGUCCAAGUCGACGGCAUACGACGCGAAUUUCGAUUUCCAUCUCACGGAUCAUGGCGUUCUCCCACUGUAUUUGUCGCAAGCGCCGGACUUGACGGACGUCCGAGAUGCACUGGGAGUGCCCAGGCCGUCGCUCUCCCCGUCUCGGAUUUCUGAAGACGAAUUUAAAGCGUUCCAGAUGGCCAACGCCCGCGCCAAAAACGAGGCGGAGGUGACGACCUACGUUAUGCCAACCAUCCUCGGCCCGUACCAUCCCGACCACCCGUCUGCUCUUCAGACGGGGUUCAACAACCUCGAGCCGCUCACGAAUGGAACCAUCGGUCCGCCCGUACCGGACAUAUACUACGGAGCCGACCCUGGGGAGCUGGCGCGACCGAUUCGGGACACGCUCAGCCACCACAUCAUGCCAUCGACCGCAGAGGACAGGCCCUGGAUACCCAACUUCUCGGUCGAGGUAAAAGGCCCCAACGGCAGACCGGUUGUGGCUACACAACAAGUACGCUACUACGGGGCGAUUGGCUCGCGCGCCAUACAUAGCCUACAAAACUAUAAAGAAGAGCAACCAAUGUACGACGGCGAGGCGCACACAUACAGCGCGACCUACCAUGAUGGUAUGCUUAAGCUGUACGCCCACCACGUCACGGCGCCGGCCGAUAACGCAGACCGGCCCGAGUACCAUAUGACCAAGAUACGUGGGUUCGAGAUGACAGACACUCGCGAGACGUUCCUCCAAGGAGCCACCGCAUUCCGAAAUACCAGGGACUUGGCAAAACGGCACCGUGAUCGCUUGAUUCGGGCGGCCAACACCAAGGCAUUUCAGUCCGGACCAUCGGUGCCCCAACACGGCGAAACACUCGAAGGGGAGCCUGCCAUGGAUAAUUCACAGUGGCCGGGGGGCGAUAAGGAGCUCCAGCAAUCCAUCGCCGACGCCGACUCUGUGGCGCAUGGGGACGACCCGUCCUUGGAAUUUGCGUCGAGCGCCACGUCCAGCGUGAGCAGCGCCAAGCGUCCUCGGCAGCCCGUGAGCCCACCCUCCCAGUCGAGGCGAAGUCGUUCCUCCAAGAGCCAGAAGCGGCCGAGGAAGAGACGGACAGCAGAGUCGCCGCCGACCAUCGCAGCGCCGUGGGAGGCAAGCGAGGCGUGGGAAGAUACGUAG